AAGAGUUACUUCCGUUUUGAGUUAGCGAAUUCAAUGUAGUCUUUGAAAUUUAUCAUCUUACAUAUGAUAUGAUGAUCAAAUAUUGAAAAGAUCUAGGUUUCUAGAUCUAAAUAAUCUGUAUUGUGCUUCUUUUUUCAAUUAAUAACACUUUAAUGUUAUGUAAGCAUUUACAAGAAUGACAGCCGUGUAAAAAAAAGUAGGUACAAUCAUAGAUCAUCAAGAUCAAGAUAAUUCUUAAAUAACUUUGAAUGCCAAGAUGGAAGCUGCUAAAGAACAAAAGGAAGACUUUGAUAGAUUAUCAAAUAGAAUAGAAAAUGUGGAACAAACUGCAGUUGUGGAAAUGGAAGUGGAAAACAAGAGUGGUGGUGAGAAGGAUGUAGUUGAUGUUAUGGAAACUGGAUCUCCACAGAGUGUUGCUGUUUUCAAAGCUGUAAACCAAGAGUCAGCAGAUGUGAAAAUAGAGGUGAAAAACAAGAGUGUUGGUGACAUAAAUGUAGUUGAUGUUACUAAAACUGGCUCACCACAGAAUGUUGCCAUUUUCAAAGUUGUAAACCAAGAGUUAACACAUUUAAAAAUAGAGGUGAAAAACAAGAGUGGUGAUGAGAAGGUUGUAGUUGAUGUUAGUGAAACUGGCUCACCACAGAGUGUUGCUGUUUUCAAAGUCUCGAACCAUGAGUCAUUAGAUGCAGAAGUGGAUGCGAAAAACAAUAGUGGGGAUGAGAAUGAUAUAGUUGAUGUUACAGAAACUGAUUCACCACAGAAUGUUGGAAUUUCUGAAGUUGUAAACCAAGAGUCAGCAGAUGCAAAAAUAGAGUUGAAAAACAAUAGUGGUGAUGAGAAGGAUGUAGUUGUCAUGGACACUAACUCACCACAGAAUGUUGCAAUUUCUGAAGUUGUAAGCCAAGAGUCAGCAAAUGAUACUAUGAAGGAAUCAGUUGAUACACUAUCAUCUUGUAACAAUUUACCAGAUUCUUCUGUAUUACAAAAUACACAAUUGGACACUACAGAUCUGAAAACUUCUGAUGAUUCAACACAGUUGUUGACACCUAAUGUAAAAAGGAGAAGAGGUGCCUAUAGUACACCAGAAAGUUAUUGGGAUGAGAAUGAUUUAGCCCAUUUGAGAAAACCAUUUAUGCAUGGUUGGAAAAGAGAAAUAGUUUAUCGAAACACUAGUGGCAACAAUGGUAAAUUACAAUGUGAUGUCUACUACUUCCCACCCAAAGGAAAAAAAUUAAGAUCAUUAGUGGAAGUAUCCAGUUUCUUAAAUGGAGAUAAGUCAACAACCUUGAACCUAACUAACUUCACUUUUAGGAAAAUAAAAAUUUUCAAACCACCAGAAGAAAUAGAGCGAAAGGCAGGCAAAUCUUACAACAAGACUGCUGAGAACACAUCUGCGGAAACAAGUCCUAAAUCUACGCCAAAAGUCAAGACUACUGUGAAGAAAAUAAAAAACACACCAGCCAUUCCCAAAAUUCCUGCCAAGGAUGUUCUUCACAAGCAUAUCAUUUUGAAAAGGAAAAAUUUGACAAAUCGUUUUGUUACUGCUUCUAAUAGCUCAGUAACUGUGCGAGACACUCUUCCCUCUACCUCUAAUAGUAAAAAAGAUGAAAACAAUUCUGUGGAUGUUGAAGCAGAUGAGCCAGUUUCUUCCAAUGGAAAUGAUCUGAAAAGCUCACUGGAAAAAUCUGUCUCUUCAAAUUUAAAGCCAUCAACUUUCAAAACUGCAUUGUCUACUGACUCUACAAAAUGUACAAAGAAGAACAACGCCAAGGGAAAUAAAGUUUCUGAUGACUAUCAGGCUGUUUUUGGGCAAGCCUCAAAUCUUAUUGCAUCUAUUGUGUCUCGAGAAAUGAAACGUCCCGCUGUAGAGAGUGAUGCAAAUGAUCAACCAGCUACUAAGUUAUUAAAGACGGCUGCUCUGGGUGCAUUGUCAAUAUCACAAAUCCUAUCACAACCAGUAUCUGUACAUCAAAAAGUAAGUAUGCAGCCUAAAUGUUGCUCGCUUUGUGUGGGACCUAGUGAAUACUCGCACUGUGCUAAGUGUGACGCUCUUUUUCAUUCUGUUUGUAGCAAGACAUUAGGGCAAGAUCCAUCUGGUUUGACAUGUUUUAAAUGUGCCCAAAACAAAACCUCAAGAGCUUUUCAAGCUUCCCCAUAUACCAUUGGGAUGCCAACCCCUGUGACACAAUAUUCAGUUUGCAUUAGUACUUCAAAUGCUGUCCCCCAGUCAUCACCCGGCAUUUGGAAUGUUUUAAAUGGAGCACCAGUAAAACCAUUAAACCUACGCAGAUUUCCUGCAUCACCAACAAUUCCUGCUGUAAAUACUAUGAAUCCUCGGCCUCCGCCAUUGUUGUUUGCAGCUCCACAUACUCAACGGAUGGUCCUGACUCCUGGUAGAGGUCAGAAUCUUCCUCCACCUCCCCGUCUUAUCCCUGCUGGUGUGGUUUGUAGGCCAUUUUCUAGACCACAUUUACCAUUGAACCCUCUGCUUGUUGUUGACAAGGCAAAGAUAGGUCCUCGUGUAAAUGCUUUCAACACAUCAACCACUGAUUCUUCUGUGUCAGUGAGCAUUUCAAAUAAGAGCAGCUCUGCACAGACAGAGGAAGUGAAAACAUAUACUGUUAGUAGUGAUGAAGAAGAUGAUAUUUUAGUUGUAGAUGAACAUCCGAAUGUAUCUUCUUUACCAGUCACAGCUCCUGAAACUACACCAACUGCCAUGAAAAGUAGUGUCAAUCAUGUUGUUCCUGACAAAGAACAAUCUCAGCCAUUUUCCUCUAAAAACACUUCUGUUCAAAAAAGUGCUUUAGAACCAAAUGACAUGCAUGGGCCAGUGAUUUUAAACAAUCCUGAGGAUGCAGUUGAUUUGUCUCUGCCUGUUUUCUUUGAGAAAACCACCAAACAUGGUAAAGAUCCAUACCCUAUUGUUGUUAAAGAUAUUAAUGAUAUAUUACGCUUGGAAUCAGAAGAGAAAAAGCAGUCACCCAGAAUAAUGAUAACUCCAGUGAAAUCUAGUGAUGUGUGUGAAAAUAAAAAUUACUUGGCAACAGAUAUUGAGGUUUUACUCAAAGUAAAGGAGGAUGAGGCUGACAUGUCCACAUCAUCUGAACCCACACAGAAAGAAUGCAGCAAUUCCAAAAAGAUUAAAAUACCAUCCCAUCUUGCCAGGACAUUCAAUUUGGACAGAGCAGUAAGGCUUAAAAUAAACAAUCAGUUUCACUGUGUGCCACCAUCUCACAUCAAAGCAUCUUCUGAAGAGAGCUUGGAGCUCACCAUUCCACCUGACACUUACUCAGAUCCUGGAUGUGAUACAUCAUUGACACUUACUGUAGUUCCUUGCCAGUCAUCUCAUGCCAUACCUGCACCACACAUUACAUGGUGUAAAGAUUACCUGCAAUCUUUAUACAUCAAUCAGUUUCCCUUAUCUGUCCUGAUGACCAUAUUUAGAUUUUUGCCAUUUUAUGAUUGUUUAAGGUUGAGUCAAGUUUGUAAGAAAUGGAGACAGUUAGCAUCACAUCCUUGUUUGUGGCAGAAUAUAAAAUUGAGUGGAGUCACCAUAAAAAACUGGGAACAGGCAUCAAUAUUCUUUAAUAAAGUCCAUGUGAAAAAACUGUGUUUGAGAGAUCUGACUUCCAUUGAAAAUAAUUCUUGGGAGUGCAUUGUCAAAGCUCUUCCAAAAAUACAAAGUUUGGAGUACCUGUUUUUUUUCAAAGUCCCCGCCUUUGUUAUAGAAUCACUGACACAAUCCAUGGCUCAAUUGGUGAACUGUAGUGCUGGUGCUAUCAUUGGAGACUGUGAGCCAUUUUCAAUGACAGGACUUAUGCCAAAUGAUGACAUUAUGAGAAGGAUUGAUAAUAUGACAAAAGCAGUUGAUGAAGUUCGCAACAAGAAUGUGACUAUUGAACAUGCUGCACAAAUGUAUAAAGUGCCUGUUAAAGAGCUAAUGCACUUAAUUGCUUCAGACAAAUCUAUCAAAUUAACAACAGAAGAUGAAAAUGCAAUAUUGUUAAGUUGUAUGCGACUCAGUCAGAUGGGUUUCCCUAUAGAGCUGUCAACUGUUGUAAAUAAGUGUCAUGAGUUAUUUUUUGAUAAGUAUCAUCUAGAAGACUUAACACCAUUGAAUGUGCACCGCUGCAGUGAACUAUUUACACAAAAUUUGCCCAUGCUUAAGUCCCAACCUAACAAGGGUUCAGAUGUGAAGUCUAAAGUAGAAGAGCAUUUUGAUGCAUAUAACAGAUUGCUUCAAAAUUGCAUUAAAAAAAAUGUGACUCAGAAUUAUACUCAAAAAAAUGUGACAUUUACUCAAGUUUUUGUGUUAGAUAUGAAAGUGUUUACUAUCUCCAUAGGUGGGACAGUGGUUCCCAUGACAGGUCUGUCCCUGAUGUCUAUAAACUCUAAAUAUGGCUUGUUUCCUCUCAUGCUGAUUUCUCCUAAUUUAGUAAUAUUGAAGCAUUCUGACAUUAUUAUGGCUCAGUGGAAAAAUGGCAUGGCCACAUCUCAGCUGGUUUCAGCCUACAUUACUCAAAUGAUCCUCAAAGUAAAGGAGAGACCAAACAUUAUUCUAUGUCAAGCAAAUCCUAACUUGUUUAGUGAAAAACUUCUUUCUUUCUGCAUGUCAAACUCUGUCUAUUUUCGUUAUGUUCCACAGGAUAUUUCAGGAUAUGUUUUUCCUGGUUGCUUUGGUGGGCCAUUGUUUUAUAUUAAGAAUCACUUGGAUCAAACACCAACAUUGUCUUUAGAGCGUUUCAUGGAAUUUCUGAUAAAUUAUUUGCAUCAAAAGAGUUCAAUAUUUAAAGACAUUAAGAAAGCCUAUCUUUUUACAGGGCUAAAUCCCUAUAACCCUAAAGCACCUUUCCAGUGUAAGGUAGAUGUUGAGUCAGAGCUGGCUCGUCUAAAAAAAAGUAAUCUAAGUGUAAAACUUGCCCAAAGCUGUUCUAAAGCUGAUAAAAUUACUGGUGGUGAUUGUAGUGUAGACAUGGCUACCAACACUGCUUCACUUGAUAAAAGACAUCAAGCAAUAAGUACAUCAAAUGAAGACUCAGCUGUCUGUGUCAGUACAUCACGCAGCUCAAGUCUUUUGAAUAGCUCAAGGGCCUUAUUUACAUCACUGUUAAAUUCUAAGACUAGUUCAUCUGACAAAGACAAGGUGUUAACAAAAACAUCACACCCUGAUCAGUGUCAAAAACAUAGUGUAAUGGGGCUUUCAGGGACACCUUUGAUAAAUGGUGACAACACUAAGGCUAACAUAACAACUGAAGCAGGUUCAGAGGCCAAAUUAAGCGAUAGUAUUAGGAAUAGUGCUAGAAGAUACCAAAGUCCAACUAAAAUUGGAAAAGCUUCUGAAUAUAAGACCAAGAAAAACAGUUCAGAUAUAACAAAGAAUGCUAACUAUGAUUGUAAUGGUGGUGACUUAUCACAUGAAAUAUUGGCUGCUGGAAAGAAAACCAUUGAAUUAAAACCAGCCAUAAAUGAUGGUAAAAGAGUAGCCAACAGUAUAACAAAUAACUCUAUGUUAAACGAAAUAAGAAAAAGGAAGUUGAGCAAAGCAAAAAGACUAGUUAAAUUUGCUUGCCGCAAACUUUGUCAAAAAACAAUAUUGAAAACUUUGGAUCUCGCCAGUUCUACAAAUUCUGUCAAUAUUUGUAAAAGUAGUACUUUAGAACCUCUAGUCAAAGGAAGUCUGGAGGUUCCCGACAAAAAUGAGAGUGAGGUGAUGAAAAGGGUUUCAGAUGUUAUUGAUGCUGUCAUUGCUCAGAGCAGGGCAGACUUUGACAGGCUGCACCAGAGUCAAUCAGACAUUAACUCUCUCAAAGAAAAAAAUGCACUGAAAAGGUCCAAAGAAAAUCACAAGAAAAUUUCUGGAGACACAGAGACUACAAUUCUAGACAAAGCAAGGGACACAAAUGAACCAUCAGCUGAGGAAGAUGAAUCUAGUGAAGACAGCAGUGAUACUGAUGAUACUGAAAGUGAUUCUGACACUUCUAGCUCUAGUGUUUCUGAUACUACAAGUUCAGAUGUACAACCUCCUAGCAAUGUAGAGUCCCAUGAAGAAUCUUCUAAUGACUCAAUUAAUACAAAUAUUUUCAUUGAUGAUGCUAACAAAAAAGUUAUCACUGAAAUGAUACCAAAUGAUUUUUCUGUUGUCAAGACCAACUCAGAUUUCUCACAGCCUUUUGGCCCCCUUCUAGACCAUGAUUAUUUUAAAAGAGAUGUUGAGCAGAUGUCUGAUAAAGAUGAUAAAUCGUUAACUACAAAUAAUAAUGAGAAAUCACUGACCACAGACAGUAACACUACAGUGGAUGGUCCCACAGAGCAUGUCCCCAAGAAACUGGUUAUCAGCAUCAGCAAGAAAGGUUUACAAAAUAUCAGCCAAGAAAGUACAGAUCAAAACAAUGUAAAUAAUAGUGAGAGUACCUCUGACAGUGCUAGUAAGAGAAGCACAGACCAUAGUACUGCUAGUGACAGUAGCACAGACCAAAGUAGUUCUAGUGACAGUAGUAGUGACAGUAGUGCUGAACAAAAUAGUGCUGAUGGCAUUAUUGCGGAUCAACCUAGUGCUAACAACAGCAGCGCAGAGCAAAGUAGUUCUAGUAGCACUGACCAAAGUAGUGAUAGUGAAAGUAGUGCCAGUAUAAGUGAUGCUAGCAGUGUUGGGAGCAUUAAGUUUGUUAAUAUUAGUGAAAGCAAGAAGGAAUUGCGAGCCAGACCAAAAAGAAUGAGAGCCAAAAAAAAGAAUGAUAGCUCUUAUGUUAGUUCAUACUCUUCAUCCUCAGAGAGUGACUCUGAGGAGGAAGAAGAGGAGGAGGAAAGCAGUGAGGAAGAAGAGGAAGAGUCAAAAUGUCAGAUAUGCAUGAAAGCCAAUCCUCCCCAUUUUAAAGAGGAAGUGAUUAAUUGGGUAGACUGUGAUGGCAAUUGUGGUCGCUGGUUUCAUGUGGUAUGCAUCACUAGAACACAGGAUGCAGCUGAUGCUGAUCCUGAACAUUACAUUUGCACAGACUGUCUCUCUUUGUGAUGGCCUUUGAACGAACUAUAAAAUGAUGUUGAUUAGAAAACUCACUGUUUUGUUACAUUGAUAUCUUUUUGUAUUUUAAAUAUUUCUUGCUUGUUUUUUUUUUUGUUUUUUUUUAAAACAUCCAUUAAUGUUAGUUAUUUUUAUUGUUAAAAUAUUUUAUGAAAAAACAAACAGUUGCUACAUGUGGACAACUUGCUUACCCAAUAGUUUAUAAAUCUUUGUCUCUCUAAAUAAACAUAAUUUGACUUUGUUGCUUAUUUCCUACUGAAAUAAGUUUUUAAAGUGACAGCUUUAUGAACUUUAACCCUUAAAGAUUUGUAUCUGUGUUUGAUUGAAUUCAUGGUUAACUUCUUCAUUUUAAGUAUACCUUGUUGUAUUACAGUGGGAACGCUAAUUGGAUGUGCUCUUUGAUUGGAAAUAUAAGUAACAUAAGUUUAAUGUUACUGUGAAUUUUUUUUUCAAUGACCUUUGAAUGGUCCAUAAUGUUAGCUGAUGUUAGCAUUAUUAACUUCAUCAUUGAUACCAAAAUUACAUUUUACACUUCAAACUCCAUAUUCUGUACAGAUGGAUAAGUUCUAACACACUAUUGGCAAGCGGCCAUGAACGUCUACACCAUUGAAUUACAACAUGUAAUAAUGUUUGAAUAUUUGUAAAUAAAACCAUUUCACCUUGCCCACUGUAGAAAUAUUUGUGUGUGCAUUGGUUCCAAUGCUCAGUAUAUGCCUUGAUGUAAAUAGUCACGUGACUUAUAGAGCUUAAAAAUUGUUUCCCAUAAACUCACUAAUGUUGUUGUUUUUUUUUGUUGUUGUUUUUUGCUUUUACAAAAGCAAAUUAAGAGAAAAUUGUGUCUGCCGCAGGCAAUUUUUAAUAAGUAAGUAAGGGAAAUAAUUAGACAUAAAGCACAUACAAAAUUAUUAUGCAAUAUUUGAGUUGUAAAUAUUUAUUGUAAUAUUAAAAUUGUUUUCAUGUAAAUAUUGCUAUGAAUGAUAGAAAUAAAUUUAUAAUUGUA